UGGUAUACUGGUCUCAGAUCACUGUACUCCCUGCACACGGCAUGGCUACGGUUCUGGUCUGGCUGAUCUCGCUCGCUGCGCUCGUUCACGGGCUUGGCCCGUGUUCGAGUAAGAAGGAAGAUGUGGGCGCACAUCUGGUGAAGCGAAUGUACGAAGAGAUCCAACAAGGUGAGUGUGAUGUGGCUCAUCAAACACAUUACGACAACUACGCCGUGAGCAACGGAGAGUCCUUCGACUUCAUCGUGGUCGGCGGUGGAUCUUCCGGGUCCGUCGUGGCUAGUCGUCUUGCUGAAAAUCCUCACUGGAGCAUCUUGCUUCUUGAGGCCGGUGGCGACCCCACAGUAGCUUCCGAGAUCCCUGGACUCUUCGCGGCCUCACAAGAUACAGACAUCGACUGGCAACACAAGACCCACCCACAGGACGGUGUAUUUCUGGGACUGGAGGAACACAGAAGUGCCAUAUCUCGGGGUAAGGUGCUUGGAGGAUCGAACACAUUGCAGUAUUUUGAUUACGUCAGAGGCAAUCCAAAGGAUUACGACCAUUGGGAGAAGUACGGAAACGAAGGAUGGGGAUAUCACCAAGUCCUUCCUUACUUUAAGAGAUCUGAAGGUAUGAGAGCGAAAGAAAUCAUCAGUGAUCCAAAAGUUGAGAAGUAUCAUGGUAGAGAUGGACCUCUGACGGUGGAAUCGAUAAGAGAUGAGGGGAUGUCUUCCCUGGAAGCGGCGUUGUCCAAAGGUAUGGAAGAACUGGGCUAUCACACUCACACAGAUGUAAAUGCCGAUGCCCAUGAUGGUUUGUUCGUGAUUCAAGGAACCCUCCGACACAAAAGAAGGUGCAGUGCUGCUAAAGCCUUCUUGUCUGAAAGUAAACCUAAUUUAAAAAUUGCGAAAAAUGCACAUGUUUUGCAAAUAUUGAUCCAGAAUCGUAACAAAUCGGCGUAUGGCGUUGAACUAGUUCAAGACGGAGGCGAGCAUAAAAGAGUACGAGCUAACCGAGAAGUGAUUUUGGCUGCUGGAGCACUGAACACUCCAAAGCUGCUUCUUCUCUCUGGAAUCGGAGAGCAAGAGGCUCUUCAAAAACACGUAAUUGAACCUAUUUGUUUACUUGAAGUCGGUAAGAAUUUACAAAACCACGUCCAGUUCCCAGGAAUUUUCUACGCUUUCCCUCACAUAAUUCACGAAGAGCCUCAUAUAACUCGACAUCUUGUCGAAUAUCUAACCCAUUUUACUGGACCUCUAUCACACUCAGGUCCGGUGAGAACCAUAGGGUUCAUAAAUGCUGAUGAUGACAACUAUGCAGAUAUUGCUCUACUUCCAGCGUUUUUCGGUAGAAACUCCUCUGAUCUUCACGGUUUCUUGAACGCGAGAAGAAUAAUUCCGGAGAUACAAGAGUACUACUUGAAAGUAAACGCAAAAGCACCUGUUCUAGUAAUAACUCCCGCUCUGCUAAGACCUAAGAGCAGGGGCAAGGUUGAACUUCACAGCACAAAUCCUAAGGAUGACGUUGAGAUCUUGCCUAAUAUUCUCGGCCACGAAGAAGACGUUGAGAAACUUCUCAAAGGAAUAUCUUUUGCUGCUAAACUCUCUGAGACAAAGGCUUUGAAGGAACUGGGGGCAGAACUGCAUUACGCCGAUAUCCCGGCUUGCAGAGAACACGCUCCCCCGACCCCAGAGUACUUAGGAUGUGCUCUGAAGCACAUCGCCAUGACGUCACACCACCCCAGCGGCACGUGCAAGAUGGGUCCGGAGAGCGACGAGCACGCAGUGGUCAGCCCAAGACUGAAGGUGUACGGCCUCAAACAUCUUAGGAUAGCCGACAUGAGUGUGGCACCCUCUGGAGUGAGUGGCAACACCAACAUAGCCGCCAUCAUGAUCGGAGAGAAAGCCGCCGACUUGAUCAAAGAAGACUGGGAACAUCAUGCUGAGAUAAACCAUCACGAGACCGUCAACGAUCACCAUCUGCCACCAUUAGUCAAACAUUGAGGUGACUCAAUGUCACUACUGUUGAGAAGACUUCCUACUAUUUAAACUGACAGUCAUUUAUUAUAUGAGAAAAUAAUCCACAUAAAGAUUAAUCACGUAUAUUUAACUACAGGUUACUUUAUUUUUAUGUGUUUUUUACGAUGAUCUUAUAACUUAUAACUUACCUAUGUAACUGGUUAAAUUUCUUUCAAGAUCUACUAAGAGCAUAAUACUGAAGUACAUCAUCUCGUUUCCAAUUCGUGUGUUAUAAUUAAUCAAUUUCUCAGAAUUGUAGUUGCAGAAAGGAUUUCUGGGUUGCAUUAUUUCAUGCAUAUUAACCUUAAUUUAUCAAUGAAAUGGUCAGUGCAGUCUUAAAUACUUUUUCUCAAUAAUUGCGGUAUGUCACUGACAUUAAACUAAGAAUAUUUUUCUCUAAUAACUAAUGAUAUAACGAUAAUAACAAUUAUUGAUAACUAUUUCGUUACAACACUUCAACAAUAUUUCCCCAACAUAGGUAUUUACGCAAAAAUACAAAAACUUAUAUUCUGACAUAUUAUGCCAGCACAUUUUUUUAAUACUUUAAUUUAUUUUUAACAUAACAACUUUAAUAACCUAUAGUCGUUUUAAAAAAGAGAUGUAAAAUAAUCCGCAUCGCUUAUAUUUUAAAAUAAGAACAAAAUCAACUAAGAUUCUGUGAUUACAAAUUGAGGACACAAAACUAUUGUAAAUGGUAUAAAUAUUUCAAAAUACAUUAAAUAAAAAUAUUGUACCGGUAAUUAAAAACAACUACUACAUGUUUUUUGUGUAUGUUAAAGCUAUGGAUAGCAAUAACAUAAAGUAAAUAAUAACAAAUUUGUAAUAGUGAAAUAAGCUAUGUAUACAAUUAUAUGAGUAGUAACUAUUGAUCAAUCUAUCACACUAGUAAAGAUGUUAUGCAUUAAGGUUAAUAGUUAAUACAUGAUUUAAAACAAUGAAACCGAAAAAUGUAUCAUCAAAUAGUAAACAUUAUAUUUAAAAAUCAAACUAUAUCACUUGUUUAAAAAAACACUAUCCCGAUAUAAGAUCUACAAUCCAGGAAAUAACAACUUUUUAAAAGGUGUUUCAUGUAAUUUGUUUCACUAAGAGGCACUAUACGAGUAGAAAUUGGCGGAGUAUUGAUCAAAGUUUCGUGCAUUAGGGCGUGUAAUAUAUCUUUACAUUAGCAAGAGAGUAUCAAACGUAGAACUAUUUAGAAACUAGUGUAUUACUAAUAUCUGGUGAUGCGUGAUACCAAGUCCUACUACAACGAACAACCCCAUACAUUAGGAUAAGCAACCCUUCACCCAAGAAAAUACACUAUAUUUUAAAAGUGAUUGCACUUGCCGCAUAUCUCAUAAUUAUUAUAACGAGUAUUUUUACUAAUUUAUAAUUUUUUUAAUCCUUAUACAUAUUUAUUUUAGAUUUAUAUUAAUAACUGUAACAUACGUAUCAAUAUCAAUUUUAUACAUCCGUAUAUACAUAUUUGGCUGUAGAGUAUUCUUAAAAUGUAUUUGAUCUAUAGUACUUAGUAUAUAAUUAUAUAAACUCUCUCUAAUCUAUAAAUAAGGAACAAUUAUAUUUAUUUAACUAAUAAAUAAAAGCCAUCUAGUUAAAUGAUUUUUAGAUAUGGAACAAUUUUAAGAGCACCAUACGAGGGCUCGUAUAAUUAUUAUUUUUUGUCUUUUAUAUGUAUGAUUGAUAUUGAGGAAUUAAUUCAUUUUUUCAAUAUGAAGAUAGUAAAAAAUAUUUGCAUUAUUUUUCGUUACUAGAAUGUUGGAAUUAUCCACGAUAUAACUUUUCAAUGUUCAGAUUAUUAAUAUAAUGUUGUAGGAGUUGUCGAAAUGUAAAUUAUAUUCAUUACAUAUUUAUGUGACGUUCACUCCUUACCCACCGCGUCAACGAUUUCAUAAUUAAUUUUUAUGUUUUUUAAAUGCAUCUAUAUUAUUUUCAUAAUGGUCUUAAUUUUUUAUGGGUAAUCAUGCUAAACUUUACUGUGUAGUAAAAGGAACCUGAAGGUAUAACAUAAAAUUUAAUUAGUUACAAUUCAUUUUUAAAGAUUGUUUCAUAUGUGAGUGUUAUUGUGCGUCGUGUCCUGUUUAUCUUUAUCAGUAUUAUUAUGCUUGUACUAGUGUAGUAAAUCAGACUUAGAUAUAGUGAUAUAAACAUAAACGAACUAUAAUACUAUUAGAAUACGUGCUUUAUGCUGAGUGUUGUGGAUUAGACUAUAAAUAAAGGCUGUAAUUAUUUUAAA